CCUGGAAAUUUCCCUCUCGAUUCCGAACCCUAAUUUAUUCAUCUCAUCUGCAACCACAAAUUCACUCCAAAAUCUUGUUUAGUCUUUCGCUUAUCGACGGUGUAAUUGGAGCAAUGGCCGGUGCUGCUUUAGACAUGUCUCUUGAUGAUCUAAUCAAGAACAAUAAGAAAUCCGGCGGCGGUGGGGAUGGCCGAGGUCGUGGUCGACCGUCUGCACCUGGACCAACACGUCGCUUCAAUAACCGCGGUGCUAACCGAGCUACUCCUUACGGCGGACCUAAGGCACCAGAUGCGGCUUGGAAGCAUGAUAUGUUUGGUGUUGCGGAUCAGGUCAUGGGGAACGUUGGACCUGGCGGCCGGCCAUCUGCGAUUGAAACUGGGACGAAGCUCUACAUAUCAAACCUUGAUUACGGUGUCUCGAAUGAAGAUAUUAAGGAGCUUUUUGCAGAAGUUGGUGAUCUGAAAAAGUAUUCUAUACAUUAUGACAGAAGCGGGAGAUCAAAGGGAACGGCUGAGAUUGUGUUUUCAAGACGGCAAGAUGCAUUAGCAGCAGUCAAGAGGUAUAACAAUGUCCAGCUUGAUGGGAAGCCAAUGAAAAUAGAGAUUGUGGGAUUAAACAUAGUAGCUCCUGUUGGUGGUCUUCCAUUGGCAAACAACUCUAUAGGAAACAUGAAUGGUUUUCCUAGAAGUGGACAAGGUAGGAAUGCUGGAUUUGGAAGGUCACGUGGUGGUGGAGGUGGUGGUGGAGGCCGAGGAUCUGCAAGGGGUCGUGGACGUGGAAGAGGCCGUGGAGAGAAGAUAUCUGCCGAUGAUCUUGAUGCUGAUUUGGAGAAGUACCAUUCAGAAUCAAUGCAGACUAACUGAAAUUGUCUCAUCUGCUUGUUCUUCCUUAAGACCGGCUGUGUAUGCUAUAGUGAUGCAGCAAGCACUGAAAACUGUUUGUAUUUCUUUGGACACCCAACUCUCUAGGCUACGGACAAAGUACUAGGGGGAGGAUUCUAGAACCUUAGUUUUUAUGGAGCUUUUGUCUCUUAAUUGUUAUUGUUUUAUAAAUUUCAAGAACCUUACUUCAGUUUAUGGACCGUUGUAUUCAUUCCGUACUCAGUUUGUGGUCCCGAACUCCCAGUAGCUUCUUUCUUUAUGUGCAUUGUACCAGACAUGGAGGCAUCAAAGUGGGAACAUUCUUGUCUGUAUCUUCACUGAAUUGCAAUUGCCUGGAGGAUGUCCCUGUCAUGCAUCAUACAUCGCCAUCAAUCUCAGUGUUGGUUAUCCUGUCAAAAACAGGUAACCUAGAAGCAGGGUGUAGCUGUCAUACUAGGGGUGCAAUUUCAUUAAGCAACUCGGAUUCAUUAUGCUGGGGGAAAUAUUCGAGAGAAUGGGCAUGGAAAUAGAUGCUGAGCACUUGGAAACAUCAAACUCUAGAAAGCAGGAGUUGGUUAUGUGUGAUGAAGUAGGUAAAGAUCUUGUUCUGCUUUGGAGGCUUUACUUUUCCUUUGUAGGUUUAGAGUUGAAGGUGAAGUCACCACCAAAUUGCCUCCUUUCUCAAUGCGCAUACAUUGUGUUGGGAGUAGCAAUAGUGUAUAAGCGCACGGAAAGACAGGAUUUUGUGGUGAUGGUGAUCGGUAGGACGUGAUAUCUGAAGAGGUAUGUUUGGAUUUAGGAGCAAAUGCAAGUAAGGUUAUUAUUAUACCUGCACAUCUGUGGGUCAAUCUGCUGUUUGGAGUGGUGGGAUGCUUUAUUAUGCUGAAUGGUGUUCGGUCAAAAUACUAGGAGUUUUUCGUUUGAUGGUUAGCUCUCUUUGAGGUCCCAUGGACAUGGCCAUGCCUGCAUAGAGAAAGAGAUGUAUGUGCAGCCAGUGUUCAUUUAUGCCUUUUUUUCUAUCUCGGAUUGAAUUACAGUUCCGAACAAAAUCAGGAGAUGAAGAAUUGUUUUGAAUUGAAGAUGAUAUUCAGCUCU